AUGUAGCUAAUAAUAUCAAUUUAUCUAACAUAAUCAUUCAAGUUUUAAGAUGUGCAGUAGAUGUUUAAUAGUAAAUAUAAAACGUAAAGGAAAAACCAUGAAAAGUACUAAACUAUAAAGUAAGCAUUAGUUAACUUAGAUUAAAAUGGCAUAUAAUACACCACUAUUGAUAGCUGGCUUAAAGAUACUAAUAUUGAUAUUAUACAUAUAGUCAGCCAUUCUUAACUUAGCUAGAUAAAAUAUGUAGGAAUGAUAAAUGACUCAAAUAACAAAAUUAUUAGAAUGAAAUUCCUAGUUAUUGUAAGCUCUUCCUUUGUUUCAUUCUAUAAUUUCUAUUUCACAAUUUAAAAAAAUUAUUAUUCUUGCAAUGAAGCUCUAUUUAGAAAAAUGUAAAAUCCGUAAAAUAUUCCUAAAGAUAUUCCAAGCAUAAUGAUGACUAAAGGAAUUUCAAAUAGAUAUAAAAGAGAACAAAAAAAAAUAGGCAUAUUAAGAAUAUAGUCAAGGCUUAUCCACAAAUAUUUCUGGAAUCUAUAAAUUCCAAAAAAAAAUUCAACUGCUUAAAUGACUGAGAAGCUGAGCUUCUAAGAAGUUAAUCCACUCUGUGAAAUUCCGAAGCUUGAGCUUGAAAGCACAUUUUAAGUAGCACUUAAGCCAAUAGAACUAAAAGAAGAUAUUUCUGAUACUUUUUGA